AUGAGUGGAACCGCGGUUGCAGCCUCUGCGCAGUUUCGCGGCGCGGGCAGUGGCGGCGGCAGCGCCGGGUCCUUGUUCUGCCAGCUGCUGGCUUCCCUCGCGCAUGCGCAGUGCGCGCUCGCCGACCGCGGCGCCUUCCCGCGGGACGCGUCGCCCCCGUUGCCGGAGUACGACUUCGUGGUGGUCGGCGCCGGGUCCGCGGGGGCGGCGGUGGCCUCCAGGCUCUCCGAGAACCCGGCCUGGAAUGUCCUGCUCCUGGAGGCGGGCGGAGAUCCGACCCCAACGUCAGACGUCCCCAGUCUCUUCCCGACGUUGCGUCAGACAGAGAUGGAUUGGACUUACCGGACGGAACCAGAAAAUCAAACUUGCCUGGCGCAGGUGAAUGGAAGAUGUGCUUGGCCACGAGGCAAAGGUCUCGGUGGUACCAGCUCAAUCAAUGGCAUGAUGUACAUCAGAGGCAACCAGCAGGACUAUGAAGGCUGGGCAGCGCUCGGCAAUGAUGGGUGGUCCUACCGGGAGGUACUGCCCUUCUUCAAGAAACUGGAGGCCUUUGAUGAGGAAGAACUGAAGAAAAGGCCGCUCAUGGCAGGUGUACACGGGCGCAGUGGACCUAUUUACGUCACGAAACUGGAGCGCCUAGAUCCGGCGUUUGAGACACUAGACGCUGCUGCCAAAGAACUAGGCUACAAAAUUAUUGAGGACUACAGCGCCGAGCCCCUUGUGGGGUUUGGGGAUAUACACUGCUCCAUCAAGAAUGGUACGAGGUGGAGCACAGCUCGUGGAUACCUGACGCCAGUGACACAGAGGUCGAACCUGCAUGUCCUGAAGUUUGCAUACGUAACCAAGGUUCUGAUUCGGGAAAAGGACCAGGCAGCAUAUGGCGUACAGUUUUUGAAAGAUGGUACUAUCAAGGAAGUUGGAGCAAGAAAGGAAGUAAUACUGUCAGCAGGAGUUAUUAACACACCUCACAUACUGAUGCAUUCUGGAAUUGGGCCAAAAGCCCACUUGGAUAAGGUUGGUGUAAGAGUGCUGAAGGAUCUCAGAGUUGGUUACAACCUUCAGGACCAUCUGGCAUACAUUGGACUAUAUUACAGAAGGCAAAAGUUGGUGGGAACAAGACCUGAAGAGGAUUUAUUCAAAUAUUUGAUGAACAAGACGGGCCCUCUUUCAACCAUACGGCUUUUUUCUUACACAGGGUUCACAGUGACAGAUAAAGCGCCGCCAACGCUUCCUGGUAUCGAUCCAACUGACUACCCUGACAUACAGCUCCUCUUCGUCCUUGCUCAAAGCAACACUGCAAGCCUCGUUGCCAAAGCUUUCAAUUUGAAUGACGAAGUGACCGGCACCCUGAAGAAACUUGUUGAAAACGAGGACGUGAUAUUAGUUUCGGUGACAUUAUUAGCACCUAGGAGCCGCGGCCGCGUCAAGCUGAGGACUGCCGACCCGAUGGACCUGCCACUCAUCUACCCCGGCUACCUUGGAGACCCUGGCGACUUCGACAAUCUACUGGCUGGCGUGGAAAUAGCCCACAGGCUGGGCUCAACAGAGGCAAUGCAGAAAGCUGGUUACUCUGUAGAGGACAUCCCUCUGAAGAACUGCAGCCGCUCGUCGCUGCUGAAACACGACUACUGGCGAUGCGCCGUGCCGUACCUAACCAGCACGCUGUUUCACCCGGUGGGCACCGCCAAAAUGGGACCCUCUGCAGACGCUGACGCGGUCGUUGACCCGUGGCUGCGAGUCCGUGGAGUGCGCAAUCUGCGUGUAGCUGACGCGUCCGUCAUGCCAGUCAUCGUUCGCUGCAACACCAACGUCGCCUCCAUCAUGAUCGGCGAGAAGUGUGCGCAUGUGGUGACCGAAGAGUGGCGGCAUCUUUCUUAG